AUGGAAAGAAAACUUUCAAGAGUUUAUUAUGCCCUCAAAGGCUUUUGGAAGGGAUUGCCUGCUUUUAAGGGGUUGGCUAAAGGAGGAGUCUGAGGACGUUGCAAAGCUUUGGCCGAUCAAGCAACCCAUCUGACAGAUUUAUUUGCCUGCCCUGAAGCGUAUCCCGAGACCAACUUUUGAUGUUGAAUUUCCAAAUGCAGUUAAUCAAGCUGAUCUUCUAUUCCUUCCAUGACAGACUUCCGAGAGGAAAAGUUGCAUAAGUAUGCAUUGACAGUUGUUGAUCCUAGAAGCAGAUUCAAGGCUGCCGAACCUCUUGAAUUUUAGCUGAAUGUCUCUUCACUUUCCACUGUAGUCCAGAGAUGAAGAGGAAAAGAGAUCAACCGAAUGGGUAAAAAGGAUUCCAGAAGUUGUUUCAGCUUUGAAUAGCGAAGUGACCGGGUUGACUGGAAAGAAGCCUGUUGAAGCAAUCGAAGAGAAGGUGGUUGACGUGAAGAGUUCAACGACUUAUUUAAGACCAGUCCGCCUAAAGGAAAAGAGACUCGACUCUUCAAAGAAUGUGAGAUAUUUCUUUGCCACCGGUGAGCUGGAAGGUGGUCAAAGGCGAGCCACAGAUCCAAUGUGGUCUCUGAAUGUCUUCAAUAUCAAGUGA